AUGGCGGAGUCGUCGUCCUGUGCUGGGCCCGCGGAUUGUGAGUCGUCGAGCCUGUAUGCCGAUCUGCUGCUGGCCCUGGUGGGCCACGAGGGCGACAUAUUCGAGCGGGAUCCCAAACAUGGAGUCACACGCAUCAGUGGCACAGUACAUUGGGUGCCUGAAUCCGACAGACUACACCUGGAGCGCCUGUGUCGGCUAGGGGAUGCCUGUUCCGAGCUCCAGGGCUUCGUGGACUCCUCCUGGCAGCACUCCAGCCUCUACCGCGCCGCGCUGGCUCAAGGAAUAAGCGAGCUGCUGGACGUGUAUGAGAGCAGCGUCCUGGAGCUGGAGGAGCAGCUGAGCAGGCAGCCUGGCACCCCGGUCCUCGCCCUCUGCCACCGCCUCGAAGAGUUUCAGGCGCUACUCCCCGCCGUGGCCCGCCUGGUGCGCCACGUCAGCACCAGGGACCUGCGGGGCGCAUCCCUGCUGCACGCCGUGCACGCCGCCACGCGCUGCGGCGACCCCGACCUGGAGUCGUGCGCGCUGCGCCUGCUGUGGCACUGCCAGGGUGUCGUGCUGCGGCAGCUCCACGCCUGGUGCGUGCACGGCCAGGGGCCGGGGGAGUCGGACGAGUUCUUUGUGCGGCGGGUGGAGGACCCCGUGAAUGGCGGGGACCAGCCUUGUGCAGCAGACUGGGCGGCGGGGUUUGAGGUACCCAGCGCCGAGGCAGACCUGCCCCCCAGUGUCAGCACCCUCGCCGCCUCCAGCGCACUCUUCAUCGGCAGGGCCGUCCGUGUGCUGGCGGGGGCCGGCGACAGCGUGGAGACAGGAGCAGGCUCCGCCUCGCAUUCCUCAGCUUCCAUGCCGCCCUCAUCCCAUGCCCUGCCCGAGCUGCAGCCGCUGUCCCGCGGCCUGCUGGGCCUCUGCGCCGCCCCCAGCUUCCGCGCUGCGCAGCUAGACCGUCUGCUGGAAAGCGCGCGGGCCGGCCUGGCCACCCGGGUCUGGCACCUGCUGCGCAGCGCGGAGCUGGGCGCCCGCUUCGCCUCCAUGCGCGACUACUUCUUGCUGGAGCGGGGCGACUUUUACCAGCAGUUCCUGGUCGAGGCGAGCAAGGAGCAUGGGAAGAGGAUGGCCGCCCCCCUGCUGGCGCUGCCGCCCCGGCCGGCCACGGCCUCAGCCGACGUGGGCCUCCUCUUCCAGCAGGCCGCCGUGCACAGCAGCGCGGAUGGGGACCCCGCCUUCGGCGCCUUCACGCUGAGCUGGCACCCGCCCGGCGGCGGGUGCCCGCGCACAACGCCCGGCCUGCACGUCCCUGCGCAGGGCCCCUGGGACGGGCUGGCCCUGUCCGCGUCGCUGGACUGGCCGCUGCAGCUGCUCUUCCCCGCCGACACCCUGGCGGGGUACGGCGCGCUGUGGCAGCUGGCCUUCCGCCUGCGCCGCGCCGACGCCGACCUGGGCGCCGCCUGGGCGGCGCUACAGCGCAUGGGGCGCGGCGCGCGGCGCUCCGGCAAUCGCCGCGCCGCCGCGCUGGGCGCGCUGGGCGCCGCGCGCUCCGCCGCGGCCCACGUGCUCACCGCCCUCCGCACCUACCUCCACGCCGACGUCGUGGCGGCGGGCGGCGCAGAGCUGGCCGCCGCGCUGGCGCGCACGCGCGAGUUCGGCGCCGCGGAGGCCGCGCACCGCGCCUUCGUCCGCGACCUUGUGUCCCGCGCUUUCCUGGACGCCCGGCCCCUGGCCUCGCUCGUCCAGGCGCUGAUGGAGGCCGCCGCCAGGAUCUGCGCCCUGAUCCAGGACAUCGAGGGCGAGCGGCGUGACGCGGAGGCCACGCUCGGCGCGCUGAGGUCGCCGGAGCGCGAGCUGCGCCUGAAGAUGACGCUCCUGCUGCAGCUCCUGCAGUCCGGCACGCUGCAAACCCAGAGCAGGGCGCCGGCGCUGCGCCACCUGGUCCUGCGCCUGACCUACAACGGCUUCCUGGCGGCGGCCUGA